AUGAGCGUGGUUGUUCCCUGUUAUAAUGAAACUGGCCGACUAGGGCUCAUGCUUGACGAAUGUGUCCCAGUUUUGAACGAAGAGUUUGGAAACUCUUGGGAAAUCUUGCUGGUAGAUGACGGAUCAAAAGACGGUACUGAUCAAUUCGCAUUGAAAUGGGCUAUGGACCACAAGCUUCCCCCUUUGAGCUUAAAAGUCACCAAGCUAGAAAAAAAUAGAGGAAAGGGAGGAGCUGUUACCCAUGGCAUGAAAUACGUUUCAGGUAAAUAUGCAAUUUAUGCUGAUGCUGAUGGAGCUUCCAACUUUAGCGAUAUCAAAAAACUGCUGGUCAAGAUUAAAGAUGAUAAACUAGGAGUUGCUAUAGGAUCCCGCGCUCAUAUGGUAAAUACAGAUGCUGUGGUUAAGAGGUCGUUUAUCCGCAAUUUCCUUAUGUAUGGACUACACACUUUACUCUAUGUUUUUGGCAUUCGAACUAUUGGUGACACCCAAUGUGGAUUCAAGCUGUUCACCAGAGACGCGUUAAAACUGAUCUUUCCCUUUAUGCAUACUGAAGGAUGGAUAUUUGAUGUUGAAGUACUCAUCUUGGCCAUGAAAAAGAACAUUCCUAUAUAUGAGGUUCCUAUUUCAUGGCAUGAGGUUGAAGGAUCUAAGAUUGAACUCGCCAGGGACAGCAUAAAAAUGGCCAUCGAUCUAGUCAUCAUGAGAUUUGCCUACCUCUUGGGAAUCUACCAGGCUCAUAAAGUUACCAUUGACAAUAAGAAGGACAGAUAG